CGUCAUACACACGCAAACCAAACAAGCCUUCCUUGGUAACGUUAGCUGGCUAAAUGUGGCCGUUAACCAUGAAUGGCUAUUUUAUUAGAAUGAAUGUAGUACUUUAAGAGUGACAAUGAUCUCAGCAAGCUAUAUUCUGUUGUGCGGACAGUUCUUGAUGCUACUGACGGUGAUUCUUUUACAAUGCCUGGAAGGAAUUCACUCCCAAAACUCAUCGACAACGGAUUAUCCUACUGUUUCUCCUGGUCAGGGAGCUACGUUCAGCCGUUUCAGUACGAAUAAUACAGAGCCCUUUGAGUACAAACCCCCGUCACCAGUAGUCCUCUGCAGCUAUUUACCAGAGGAGUUCAUCUACUGUCAAGAUCCUGUAGAUCACGCAGGCAACCACAGUGCCUUUCUGGAAAUGGGCCAUGGUUGUGUCGGAUGGGGUGGCCAGACUCAAAAAGAGGUGAACCAUACACCAGUUUUCUGCACUGCACUCGAUGAGAUAGAGUGUGCCGGACCAAGAGAAUUCCUCAGAGGAAACGUACCCUGCAUCAAAUACACCGGACACUAUUUCAUUACCACCCUGCUGUACUCCUUCUUCCUGGGUUGUUUUGGGGUCGAUCGUUUCUGCCUAGGCCACACUGGCACUGCUGUUGGGAAGCUGCUCACCCUGGGAGGCCUGGGAAUCUGGUGGUUUGUGGACUUGAUCCUGCUCAUCACUGGCGGCCUGAUGCCCAGUGAUUACAGCAACUGGUGCACCUACUACUGAGACAGAGAGCCGAGAGUGACUGAGGACUCGGCCCACUUCUCAGUCAAACAUCAGUUAAAUAUUGAGAAUUCCAGCAAUGUGGCCUCAGCCUGCCAUAAUUAUAAAACUGGGCUGACUUGAGGGGAUUUACAGCUCGGGUGUGUAAAGUGGAGUCCUGAUGACUCAGUGUUCUGAAUAAAAUGAGAAAUAAUUUAAUGUCAAUCUAAUUUAAUCCACUUGAAAUUUUCCACAGAAUGCAUAAAAUGAUUGAUGAAAUUUUACUUGCAUUUUUUACCAGCAAUGACGACAGUGCUAUUUUUUUGUUCUAAAUUGUCAAGAUGUCAGAUACGACUAGGUCAAGCCCGGAUGAUGUAAUUUGGAUAGAUGCGCGUUCGCAGCUUUCUUUAAAAGCCUGCGAGGUUUAUCACAGAUUAACUGAUAAUAAAAUGGAGAAUACACAUUGUGCAUACUUUACAGAGUGAGCAGUAGCUUUGUGAGUAACAUUAAGGCAAAGUGUACAACUGUUUGUGCAAAUGGCAAGUAACUCAAAUGUUUUUAGUUAGAGCAGUAGUUCGUAAAUGUAUAUUUUUAGACUGUCAUUCAGUCUCAUUAUCAUUCACACUGUUUUAUUACAGCGGCUUCUUUACAUAUAUGCUUUGCUUCCUUGUAUAUAAGAACCUAGAAAAUAAAGACACUGAAUAAAUUGGA